GUGACACACAGUACAGUGCCCGAGCGCACUCAACGUGAACGCGCAAACGCGCGCCUGCCUUCUACACCAGAGACUAUGACGUAGCGUUGGGCGGGGACUACGCGUCCUGUCCUGGAGCGGACUUUUCCAAAUGUCUAAUAACUAUGGCAGGGAAACGACGAAGAAGCGCGAUAUAUGUGCAAAACGUAUAUAAAUUAACCUAUUGUAUGCUCUUCUAUAGGCAGCUCAAGUGAAAGGUUUACCAUUUUAAAGGUUUACUUCCCCUUCACAGGCCUGGAAAACGAGGAGGGAACGUAGCUCCUAAGGGUCGUCCCUUAACUCCGCCCCUCCAAUCAUGGCCGAGGAAGCAGCGGAUGUUGAUAUUGACAUAGAGGGAGAUAUAAAUGAAUCCGGCAAAAGUAUUUAUGACAGCCUCAGUACUGGAUUUGCUCCUGAGCACUACAUUGAAUCAGAGUGGAAAAAUGAAGGCCUUAAUCCAUGGACAUUGGACAGUUCAAUCAGUGAAGAAAACAGAGAAGCAAUUAAGAAAAUGCUGCUUGAGGAACAAUAUUAUCUAUCUAACAAGCCACUAGCAGGGAAGUUUUGGUCAGAUUCUAAAGAAGGAGAAAAAUGCUGCAUCAAAAGUAGUCCCCAGAAGAAAAUACCUAGAGUAAUGGUACGAACCCCUGCUAAAACCAGCUGUAGCCCAGUGAAAUGGACUACAGAAGAAAAAAAACUCUUUGAGCAGGGGCUGGCUACUUUUGGCAGAAGAUGGACAAGUAUUGCAAAGCUGAUUGGGAGUCGAACUGUAUUACAAGUAAAAAGCUAUGCAAGGCACUACUUUAAAAAUAAGUGUAAGCUGGAGGGUUUUGUCAAAGAGGAGGCAAAGAUUGGCACUGAAAGUCUUCAGAUACUUGAUUUUCAGGACCAUGAAAAUGAACCUGAAAUAACAGAUGAAAAGCCAACCUUACGUGGACGAGCCGACCCAAACCUAAAUGCUAUCAAGAUUGAAAAGCUGUCUGAUGAUGAAGAGAUAGACAUAACGGAUGAGUUGGAUGAACCACUUCGUAAUAAUCCAGAUCUUGUUAAAGUCAUAACUGAUACAACAGAUGCAAAUAAAGAGAACAAGCUAGAGACAGACAUUGUACAACAAAAAAGUAAUAUCACAAUAGAAAUUUUGCAGACUGAUAUUCCCAAACAUGUGCUGCAACAAAGCGACAUUGAAUGCUUGGAUUCUGUACAUUCAUUAACUUGUAUACCCUCCCCAAAAUGGAUGUUGUAUCCACAGCAAUGCGAAGAUGAUGAUUAUGAUCAUUCAGAUGAACAGCAUUGUUUCCAAGAGAAAUGCCUCUCUCCUCAUGCAGAACAUCUAACUGAUCAUCCAGAUGAACAGCAUUGUUUCCAAGAGAAAUGCCUCUCUUCUCAUGCAGAACAUCUAACUGUAUUAUGCGAGAAUGAAAAUGAUUCUCAAGACGAAGAUGAUGAGAUAAAGCCACCAGACCAAGAUAUAGAAAUUGACAGAAAUUUAAUUUUAGAUGAAGAAAAACAAGCAAUCCCAGAGUUUUUUGAAGGUAGACAAGCAAAAACUCCAGAUCGUUACCUGAGGAUCCGUAAUUAUAUUUUGGAUCAAUGGGAAAAUUGUAAACCCAAAUAUUUGAAUAAGACCUCCGUUCGUCCUGGUUUAAAAAACUGUGGUGAUGUGAACUGUAUUGGACGCAUACACACUUACUUGGAAUUAAUUGGUGCAAUUAACUUUGGCUGUGAGCAAGCUAUCUACAACAGACCUCGCCCAGUAGAUAAAACAAAGGGCAAAGAAGGAAAAGACACUUUGGAGGCAUACAAAUUAGCACACCGACUGCAAUCUAUGCGCACUAGAAAGAGGCGUGUCAGAGACCCCUGGGGAAACUGGUGUGAUGCAAAAGAUCUUGAGGGACAGACAUAUGAGCAUCUCUCAGCCGAAGAAUUAGCUAGGAGACAUGAGGAGAAAAUCAAAUCUUAUAAAUAUUCCAAAGGAACAAGACAAGUCAAGAGCUCAUUUGAUCCUUUCCAGUUGAUCCCCUGCUCUACAUUCAGUGAAGAGAAAAAGGCGCCAUUUCAAGUGAAAGUAACAUGUGAAGCUAUGCUAAUAUUAGACCUGCAUGCACAUGUCUCCAUGGCUGAGGUGAUUGGCUUAUUAGGUGGAAGGUAUACAGAAUCUGAAAGUGUUGUAGAAAUCUGUGCAGCAGAGCCAUGCAAUAGUCUCAGCACCGGACUGCAGUGUGAGAUGGACCCUGUCUCACAGACACAAGCAUCAGAGGCACUGGCGUCCAGAGGAUACAGUGUAAUCGGAUGGUACCAUUCACAUCCUGCUUUCGAUCCAAAUCCCUCUAUUCGAGAUAUUGACACACAGGCAAAAUACCAGAAUUAUUUUUCUCGUGGUGGAGCAAAAUUCUUGGGAAUGAUAAUAAGUCCUUACAAUCAAAGAAAUCCUCAUCCCCAGUCCCAGGUGUCUUGCCUGAUUAUAAGUGAUGAGCUGAGCAAAGAUGGGUCUUACAGAAUACCUUACAAGUUUGAUGUUGAAUACAUGCAAGGAGAACUACAGUGGGAGCUGGUUUUUGAAAAGACAAGAUGGAUAAUAGAGAAGUACAAAUCAUCUCACAGUAGUGUUUCAAUGAAUAAAAGAUUCCGUCAUGACAGUGAGCUGACAUGUUUACAGAAGCUUUUGAUAUGUAUGAAGAAAACUUUAGGGAAUACAACCUGUCCUCUUUUAACAGAAGAAUUACUACUACAUCGUAUAGAGGAAUUCUUUCUAACCAGUUACAACACCAGCAGAAAAAGCAAUUAUGAGACUGAAGAACAUGAUCCGUAUAAACAAAAUGUUGAUACCAUAGUAGCAAGGGACAGUUUCCAAGACUAUUCAAAGGAACCAAAUGGACACCAAUCUCUUUAGAGUCUCUUCCAAUUCAAGAUUGCUAAUGUAUUGGUAAACACAGUACUUUGGAUUUACACACACACAAAAAUUGCUGAAUAAUAGAAAAAAAGGUCCAAGAUGUUCUUCUAGGGAUGCUGUCAUGUUUAUUUCUACUUUAUCCUUGAAUAUACAAAUUUGUUUAACAAAUGUGGAAAUAGUAGCAAAAGCUAUUUCCCAGAGUUUCCCUAAUUUUGACUUAUAGGGGUUUCAGCCACUCAGUAUCAAUAGUAAAUCAGCCCCACUUCUGUGAUUCCACGGCCAGUCUGACAGACUUUGCACUUCAUUUUAAAUUUGUGCUAUUAAAAGGUUUUAGCAUGUUCUUUUUUGUCAAGGCAUUGUGUUACGUGGCAGUGUUUGGGGUUUUUAUAGUGUAAUGAGUAAGUUUUUGCUAUAUGGAUGACAAGUAGGCCUGGAUAAGCUGUGGGAGAUGUUUGUGUUUAAUUAAAUUAGCAUUUAUACA